AUGGUUGAUGACGAUAAUGUGCAUCAACAACCAGCUAACCCCUCAUGCUUGCGGAUCAACUCAACCAUUAACUCGUUCUUUAUGACAUGUCAUGCUGACAUCAGGGAUACCAAGCUAGAAGGUUAUGAGGAGAAGUUCACAUAUAAAAAGAUAGAUGUGGCUUUGCAAGCCACACUAGAGGUAAAGCUUGCUCUAUGUGGGGACUUGGCUUCAAUAUCAUGCUCAGCUGGAGAUCACGACACCCUUAAGAAGCAAAGUACUCAUAUCCAGGAACUUGAAAAGAAGAAGGAAAAUAGUGACCUUCUCAUCACCAAGCUGAGAUCAGUGGUUGACGUUGAGAGGAAGAAAGUCGGUGAUGCCAAGUUCGAGCUUAAAUGUGUGGUUGAGACGCAUGCUAAGGAUGUUGGGGUGAUUCAAAGCAAGUGA